CCAUGAUGUCGCGUCUUGAGUGAAGCUCAAGAACAUGCGGGCUGCUGGGCAGUGAGACUAAUCACCAGGCAUCACUUGAAUCUCUGAGUGGAAAGCGACAAUGGAGGACCAAUCUGCAUGGACCUGCAGCUCCAAUGACGCCGUUCAAGUCUCCAUCGUCCAGCCAAAGGGCGAUGGCAAGCUUAGCACGCUCUCAACAUUCUACCCUGAGUUUACUUAUUCCAUUUUUGGCGACAGCGAAACGAUAUUUGGAUAUAUGGGAUUGAUGAUUCAGCUUCGCUUUGCAGCGCAUGAUUUGAGAUCGAACGUUUGCAUCUCAUACGACGAGAAAUUCAAAACGGUCAAGGACAUCUCUGCGGUGGAUUUAAACAAAAUAUUAAAGCCAUUCUUACCAGAAGAAUCGUUCACUCCCCUCAAAAAGUUCGAGGAAUCCCUGACGAAGGAUAAGUCUGCAAAAGAUUUUAAACCCCCCGGAGAAAUUGUUCAUACGUACACUAAGGGCGAUCGCAAUUAUGAAGUAUGGGCUGGUUGUCUAGCCGAUCCGGAUGUCCAGGAGCUCUUGGAGCGUAUUCAGAUAUUUGCGUCUCUCUUCAUCGAGGGUGGAACCCCAAUUGAAAUAAAUGACCCUGAAUGGACCUUAGAAAGAUGGAUGGUAUACUUUGUAUAUGAGAAAUUGCCCGAGCCUCCUACCCCAGAUGCUUCUAUCUACUCCUUCGUGGGAUACGGUACAACAUACAAGUGGUACUUUUACUCCCCAACGAGCGAAAAGUGCAAAGUUUCGAACGGCCCCUUUCCGUACGAAACCGUGAUUAACCUGGCGGAACUACCGUCGCGCCUCCGCAUCUCUCAAUUCCUCAUCCUUAAACCUCAUCAAUUAUCUGGUCAUGGCACUCAGCUUUAUCAAACUAUCCAUCGUGCCUCCCUCAAAGACCCUACUGUCUACGAGCUUACUGUUGAAGAUCCAAACGAGGCCUUUGACUCUCUCCGCGACACAAACGAUUAUCAUCUCCUUCAACCCGUUUUCAGACACCACAAUGUCACAAUUAACGCAAACCCGUAUCCCGCCACUCAAUCAGGCCGUGCUCAGCACCGCCUCGUUCCUACAUCCCGUCUUAUCCCCGUUGAGACUCUCCGCGACAUCCGUACAAAAUACAAAAUCGCACCGACUCAAUUUGCCCACCUGGUAGAAAUGUACCUGCUCAGCCUUAUCCCCAUGUCUCAUCGUGGCUCUCACAAUGUCAACCUACCCCGACUACGUAUUCUCAAGUCCCGUGCUCCAGACGAGCAUGAUAGGCGAUACUACUGGUGGCGGAUGCUUGUUAAGCAGCGACUGUUCAAACGCCAUCGAGACAUGCUGAUUCAGAUUGACCAGGCUGAACGAGUGCAGAAGCUCGAAGAAACCCUACAUAAUGUUGAAGAAGGCUAUGAGAACUUACUCAAAGCCUUUGGCAUGAAGGUAACAAGGGAGCCGGCUGAAAGCGCAACGCCUGUAACGGACGAGCAACAGAUCCAGGAAGAAGAGAGUGGAGCUCGCGCAGAACAUGCGGUUGUCAGAGAGCGGACAAAGAGAAGAUUUGUUGUCAUGGAGGACGAGGAUGAAGAUGAUGGUGAUGAUCAAGGUGUCAGUAGCGAAGGAGGUGGCGAGAAAGACAAUACAAAUCCACCCUCCAAAAAGGCCAGAGUGUAGUCCUUUUUUUUCAGUAUUCUGAAAUUAUUCGAGGAUAGGUCGGGUUUGUACUAUGUGGCAGCCGCAAUAUUCCACGCUAUAUGAAUUGAAUAUAUCCCUAGCAAAGGGGCCGAUAGGUAUUCGGCUUAAGUCGAACGUUCACUCGUUAUAGUAGUUAGCGAGGCAAAGUCUUGAAUUAAUCACCAGAACUCGCGGGGGCCGGGGGGGCGCUUCAUUACAACAGAGCCCCCAACCGUUGAACUUCUCAUACCCUUGCAUAUAGAAAAGUGCAGGUAGCACAAGUAUUAGCCGAAUUCAGGGUCUCCUAAUGCAGAGUUCAUUCUUAAAUGUGGUUAUGCACAUUGGCCUGGCACGUCUACUCUCUAUGGGUGCGAUGAGCACUGCGACAUGGGUUACAGAUAAAAAUAUCACUGGGGCGGUGCUCUUUUGGUUGAAGCGUCCAAGCCUAUGACGCUGCUUGAUGUGGUCAGACCCUGUCAGGCAUAUGUAGAUUUGGCCCAAUCUUCAGCCCCUGCAGGGCCCUGCAGGCUGCAACGCCUCGGCUGCGCUGGACCCUGCACCGACCAAGCCAAGGGGCGAUUUCUCUCUUCUUUCGACGAAGCCCGAACCGGACGUUUGGUUAUUAUCCCUAACUCCCAGUUCUAGACGAGCAGGAAAAGUCGAAUUCUCAA